AUGAGUUCUCACACUCUGGAUAUUAAAACUGGAGGAUUACCAACAGAUGCCUGCAAGCAGAUUGCAACAAAUGUAAAUAAUGAAGAUAAUGUAACCAAUAAUGCUAAUAGCAAUAUCCAAAAUGAAAGCGAUUCAUCAAACAAUAACAAAUUGGAAGAAAGCAAAGCAACAAAUCAAAUAAGCAAAGAAUGUAUCCAGAAGACGGACGCUACAGCUCAAGGAAUGCUCAAUAACGUCGAUGAGCUCGAAACAACAUUUAAGAUUGGAGAAUGCAAGUUUGACUUAAGCGCAGAUAAAAAUUGCUCAUUGACGUAUGAAGAAAAAAUCAAGAUUAAAAUUAUUCUGGAAAAAUUAUUUGCAAUAAAAGCAGAGCCAGUAGGUACCCGCUCUGCGCUUACAAAAGAAGAUAUAUAUUUCCUGUGCGAAAAGGUAACUGUAGAGCUUGCAAAGCAGCCAUCCUUAAUUCAAAUACCCGCCCCGAUCACGGUUGUUGGUGAUAUACAUGGUCAAUACCAUGAUCUUUUACGCAUUUUUGAUCAGACAGGAUACCCACCUACAAAAGAUUUUCUUUUCCUAGGUGAUUAUGUUGAUAGAGGAGAGCAAAGCAUUGAAACAAUAUCUCUUCUUUACUGUUUCAAGACUCUUUACCCUACAAAAUUGUACUUAUUACGAGGAAACCAUGAAUGUCUAUAUAUUAAUAGAGUUUAUGGAUUUUUCGAUGAAUGCUUAAUGCACUAUUCAAUUGAAAUCUACAAGAAAUUCUGUGAUACGUUCAAAUACUUACCUUUUGCCGCCAUUUUAGACCAAAAGAUUUUCUGUGUUCAUGGUGGACUUUCUCCCGAUCUUGAGUCAUUGGAUGAUAUUAAGAGUAUUACCAGACCAAUCGAAGCUCCAGAAGAAGGACUUUUAUGCGACUUAUUGUGGGCUGAUCCAGAACCAGGCAUUGAUGACUGGACAGUCAAUCAACGAGGAACCUCUGUCUGUUUUGGCCUUAAACAAGUCGAUGAGUUCCUUAAGAAGUUCAAUUUUGAGCUUAUCAUCAGAGCUCAUCAAGCUGUAAUUGAUGGAUUUGAGUUCCCAUUCCCAAACAGUCAGGGUAUCAUUACAAUAUUUAGUGCGCCGAACUACUGCAACGAAUAUGACAACAACGCUGCAAUAUUAAAUAUUGAUGAGACGCUUUAUUGCAGUUUAGACAUAUUUGAGGCAGAAGUUCAAGUUGUGAAUGACAGACUUCCUCGUGAAAGAUGCGGAACUCCACCAAGAGGAACUCUUAUGUAA